UUCUGUUGUUUCCUUUCUUUUUCCUCUUCAACAAUGUCUAAGGUGAAUCAUCUGAGAGAGUUUAUCGGUCAGCGACUAACAGCAGCUGCUGUAGAAAUAUUGUCAGUGUUUGAAAAAACCAUCUUGGAGUAUGAAGAAGAGCUCGACCGUCAGCGCAGACUGUUGGACCUCGCCUGGAAACCUGAAAUCAGACUCCACAGAGUCGACCCCCCACAAGAAAAUGUUUGUAUGGUGGAGGAGGACGGGGUUUUCAGUGACCAGCACCUCGAUAACCUGGAGAGGAGCUGCAGCCCGGACCAGGAGGAACCAGGGCAUCCACAGACUACAGAACUGGAGGAAGACUCCAGUCGUCAGGAGAUCAAGCAGGAGGACGUAGAGGUGGAUGUCUCAUUGGUCAAUGUCGCUGAUGUGAAAGUUGAAAAUGGUGAACCAGGACCAAACUGUGGCCAGCUGCCGUUGCACACUUCUCCUGAAGCCCAAAUCAAGGAUGAGGAAGGAACUGAAAGUUUACGCUCAGGCUCCAGUAAAACUGCAGAUCCGGAGCCAAUGAGAAGACACAGUGACCACGAAGAUGCUGCUGUCCCGUCAGACAGCAACUGUAAAUCAAGGCUGACCAGGACCCACACGAGGAAGAAGGCAUUUUCUUGCAGCACCUGCAGGAAAGAGUUCAGUAAAAAUCAAAAUUUAAUGAAUCACAUGAGGAUCCACACUGGCGAAAGGCCGUACCUGUGCAACACCUGCGGAAAAUCGUUUAGUGAAUCAAAAACAUUCAAGCAGCAUAAAAUGAUACACACGGGCGAGAAGCCCUACGUCUGCAAAACAUGUGGAAAAUGUUACAGGCAAAAACCCCACCUGGUGAUUCACUCGAGGAUCCACACGGGUGAGAUGCCCUACAUCUGCAAAACAUGUGGAAAAGGUUACAGGCAAAAUUCCCACCUGGUGGUUCACUCGAGGACCCACACUGGCGAAAGGCCGUACCUUUGCAACACCUGCGGAAAAACCUAUGCUGUAUCAGCACUUCUUAAACGCCACAUCAUCACACACACGGGCGAGAAGCCCUACAUCUGCAAAACAUGUGGAAAAGGUUUCGCACAACGUGCCCACCUGGUGGUUCACUCGAGGACCCACACCGGUGAAAGGCCGUACCUUUGCAACACCUGCGGAAGAACCUUUACUGAAUCAUCAGCUCUUAAAAGCCACAUAAACACGCACACGGGCGAGACGCCCUACAUCUGCAAAACGUGUGGAAAAGGUUUCGCACAAUGUUCCAACCUCAUGGUUCACUCGAGGACCCACACCGAUGAAUGUUCAUACCUGUGCAACACCUGCGGAGAACCCUUUCCUAAUUUUUCAGAUCUUAACCGGCACCUAACCACGCACGCCGGUGAAUGCCCGUACAUUUGCAACACCUGCGGAGAAUCGUUUCCUAAUUUUUCAGAUCUUAACCGGCACCUAACCACGCACAGCGGCGAGAAGCUAUAUUUGUGCGAGACGUGCAACGAAGGUUUUGAUUCCAUAAUUGAUUUGCUGAGUCACAUGAAAAGUCACCCGGAGGAGCAGCUGUCCACUCCUGUCUGGCCCACAGAAGAAGAACCCGCAGAAGUCCAACCACCACCUCCUGUGGCUGAUGAGCCUAAUCCCCUCCCCACAAUGGUUGCAGGUUCAACCCAGACUUAUGUUUCUUGGUCAACUUGACGCAGAGGGAACGAUGAAGUUGUGUACUUUUUUUUUUUUUUUUUAAGUUCUGCAUUGAGUUUGUUUGAAUCCCUGUUCCUUCUUAAAAUCGUAUUAUUUGUUGCUGUUGGUAACUUGCCGUCUCCACGGUGCAAAUAAAGAGCUGUUAGUAUGUGCUGAACUUUCUUUAUAC